AUGACUAAUGAUGAAAUUAAAGAUGCCAGAGACACUUAGGUUGGCCAAGGAAUAAAAUAAAUUGAGGAAAUCUACUCUCAAGAUUUUCAAAGAUAAGAUAGCUAGCACAAUGACUUUAGCUUUAAUACAUUCGGUGAAAAGCCUAUAGUAUCCUAUUAGAACCUUAAUGAAAUUAAUCUGCAAUUGAGGAUAGAUUUUAUGGAAACCGAAAUGAAGCAUCUUAUAUUUAAGAAUAAUGAACUUACUUAGAUAGCAAGAUACUAUUAAUCUAACAUUCAGAGACUAAAUAGUGAAGUGAUUGCAUAUUUCUCAGGAAGCAAUGUUUCUACGAGUGACAGAUUGUAAGAAAAUGAUGACGUGAUUGCUUAAAAAUAAAGAGCAGAUACGUAAUCAUCACAAACCAAGAACAAUAUAGAAGGCUCAGAUAGUGAAACUUUUACUAAUGUUGUUGACUAUCAAUCAAAAAUUAAAAUAACAAUCAACAAGGUGAUGGAUAUUCAUUCUAGAAAUCUCGGAUAGAUUGAUGAGGAAGAUCCUAUGCAAUCUAAUUUCAAUUCUGAAGUGUAAAAUACAGUGAUUGAGUCCUAGAGAAUUGCAAACAUCUCAAGGCCUUAAAACCAUGUUGAGAUUCAGUAGGAUUACCACAAGUAGCAAGUUCAAAUACUUGAGAGUAAAAUAACUUAAAUGAUGUCAAUCAUCCAAACUGAUCUAAUGGGGUAAAGCUCAGUGGCAAGUCAAAGUAUCUUAAAUCAUUAGCAUGCUUUAAUGGGAGUUAGUGUAGCAUCCAGAGAUAAUCUUUUGGGAGAAACUCAUACAGAUAUUAUGACCACCGAUGCUUAUGAUAAAUCUGAGUCGAAAAGGUUUGACAAGAGCUAUCUUUCAAAGGCUAUUUCAGUUUAAGAGGAGUUUUAGCUUUAAAACAUUAAUGCUAAGCAAAGUCAAUUAGUAUAAAAACAAAAAUCAGAGUAAAUAAUUUCAGGAAUAUUGAAUAGAAACAAAGGGGCAAGAUCAUUUGUUUAAAAGUAAAAGACUUAACUUCUUAAAUCAUCUAAUGCUGAUAGCCAUUCAGAAUAUAUCAGUGCAAAUAGAAGGAAUCAUUCCACAACCAGAAGCUAAGAUAGAUGGCAAGUAUUUAACCAUGCUACAGCAGGCAACUUAAGAGAAUAAUCAGUUGAUAGUUAUUUAGAUGAACCAUUGUAGGGUAUUGAGCCAACAAAGUGGACUCCUAAUGAAAGAUUUAACAAUUGCCAAGUCUGUUCAAAUCAAUUUGGAAUAUUCAAAAGAAAGCAUCAUUGUCGGUCAUGCGGACAGUUAGUAUGCGCUGGAUGCUCUCCUAAUAAGGAUUAUGUGUUUGGUUACAAGGAUAUUAAAGUAAGAGUUUGUUAGCAAUGUCUGUCCAAGAAAAAGAAGAGAGUAAGACUUCAGCUAAAGAAAAGAGUGUUUACAAGCGCCAAUAGUUCCCUCGCAAACUAACCUAGAUACAGAAAAAGAUGA